GAUGAUGAUGAUGAUGAUGAUGAUGAUGAUGAUGAUGAUUAUGAUGAUAAUGAUGAUAAUGAUGAGGAUGAUGAUGAUGAUGAUGAUGAUGAUGAUGAUGAUGAUGAUGAUGAUGAUGCGGAUGACGAUGAUGAUGAUGAUGAUGAUGAUGAUGAUGAUGAUUCGGAUUUGAAUGAUGAUCAUGAUUCGGAUGAUGAUGAUGAUGACGACGAUGAUGAUGAUGAUGAUUCGUAA